AUGGGGAUAUUUCUUACCUACUCUUGCAAAAUGAUUCGAGCUGAUAAGAAGAGGUGGAAACGUGUUGUACAGAACCAUGAAGCUGAUCUGUUACCAUUAUCACAUUACAAUCAUAUAUUUUCGACGUCAUUAUCCCCUCCGAAGACAUGGGUUAGCGACAGACCGCGCCAUGUGUCAGAACGCUCUUACUUCGGUCCCCCAAGCUCUCUCUCCGACAUUGAUGUUCAUGAUUAUGUUGAUGCCAUACCGAAACGUACGCUAUUUGACUUAAGCUGCGUACUUUCUGCUUCUUACCCGGAUUACGACUUUUCAGAUGCAAAAAGUGAUGCAUUCUCUUUAAUACCUACAGAUCUGAUGAGUUUAGUGGAUGGAGUGUUUACGCCUACUGUCAUUAAUUAUAGUGAUCUUAAACCCGCAAUGUGGGCCACAAUUGACCAGAAAAUCCAACUUCAAGACUGCAAAGUUUACAGUUACACGGCUGGUUGCAGCGGGCCUUUCGGUGAAGACGGUGUUAUGUGGUCGUUGAACUACUUUUUAUGGAACAAGAACUUGAAGCGAGUACUGUAUUUCUCCUGUCGUGCAAUAAAUCCGACUUCAGCUUCACGUCUUGGCGAUGACGAAAUGUGGGAGUGUGAGUAG